AUGGCGCGGUUGACUGCAGUUGUUAAGCGGAUUGCUAUGAACGAGUAUGAAAUUAAAAUACAGAACCAGCACCACACACAUUCGCAUCCUACAAGUAGUAUUCAAGCUGCAUCUUACCUUACGACGACGACACUCCCGCUUGACGAUCAGGAUCGGGAAGACGUUAAGACGUUGGCAGACGCGUGUGUGUCGUCAACGCAUAUCGCCAAUUUUCUGAAUGAUCGCAUCAGGGAGGAUAGACUGAAAGACAUGUUGCAGCUUGAUGGUAGUGACGUACAAGUAAUUCAAGACCACACCGCGCGCGGUAUCAUCAUCAAAACAAAGAUCCAAAAGAUGAUGUUUGAGCGGUGGGGCGAGACGUUAGCUAUGGACCUCACGCACAACAGAAACAACCUUGGGUAUCAUUUGGGCGAGUUUGUAGGAGUUUGGUCGCCACAACAGCUUCAGACCAAGCGUUUCCGGUUGUGA